AUGGUAAAACGUCCCGUUGUGGACAGGGUCGUUAAAGACAUGAAAAAUUUGAGCGCUCCUUGUAGAAGGGCUACUGUCAAAACUGUCACCCCUACCGAAGCCGAAAUAAUGAGCUUGAAAACUCAGUUGGCAAAACAGGAUUCUGAGAUCCAAGAAUUGAAAAAUCUGAUUGAGACGCUAGUUAUGAAGAAGGAGGCAGAAAACGGUUCUGAUCGGCAGACCCCUCUUGCUGAAAACGACAAGUCUAUAGAAAUCAUGUCAACGGCACAUUGGUCAGCAGAGAGCGUGAGGAGUGGCAAAGAGCAGUCCACCAGCAACAGCAGAGCAGGAACUUCAAAAGACCCAGGUACACCGGAAGUCGCGUGCCAAACCGACGGAGUUUGUCCUCAUUGCAACUCACCGUUGUCUUUAUCGUCGUUGUGUCAGGACGGUCAAGGUGGCCGCUUGACCGUUGCUCAGAUGCUCCAAAGGAACAGACACUCGCGUCCGUCGGGAGACAUCGCUAUCAUGGCUAGCCCGUCGAACGGGAAUCUUGCGAACAAGAAUGCUCGCGCUGUCGAGGCUCAGUCGAAAACGUCUGUUGAACAGUGCCAAAGGAACUCGCUGGUUGGCUCCGAACAGCAGUUUAUCAAUGAUAUGAUUGUGACCGCGAAAAAGUGGCUAAAAAGUGAAGACCACUGUUGCUCGAAAGCGGAUAAGCUCUACGACAGCGACAGAAAAAAGGUGCCUGUACCGUUGUGUACCUGCUGCCGUGAUGCAUCACCAUUGGCCAUGCGUCCAUCGCCGAUCGACCGCUACGACACUGGAGAUCAGGAUGGUAACAGUUUGAGCAUGGAGGUGAACGCCCUGGCGCAUCGUUACCUGGGCAACAUGGAUGUCAGGGCUAAUUACGAUAGCCAAUUCAACAGCGUCCGCCCUCGCAUGCCGACGUCCUCCAACGAAAGCCCGAACACGAUCACUCUAAAGCGGCGUCAGCACGUGCUGACUGAGGAGAUUUCUCUCUUCGCUAUGCCUCCAGCAGGGUGUUCCGAGUGGUCAUUGAGCAGCAAGCAAUUCAUGGAGCGAUACGGCCUUUUACCGAAAGGUACAGUGACGAAUGACGUGGCCCCUAGGUGUCGCGUUCGACUACCAUUUGAGGGAACGAAGCCACGGAACCGGUCUGCGCACAGCAACACUAGGCAGGGUAUGCAACACCCCGGCUGUAAAAAGCGCGGUCCGAACUUCGCCUCACAGCUGAGCGUAAUCGACGAUGAAAGUGUUGAUGAUGAGGAGCCAAACUAUGACUAUGAACGCUAUCACCACGGCUGGAACUGA